UUUACAUCUCUUAAUUCAUUUUUUCAAAGUUCUUCUGUCGUUAUAACUCAGUUACAUGAUAAAAUGGUUUCAACUUAUAAAGAUUUACUGUCAAGUUUUAUGAAACAAGAUUAUAUUAACAAAACUCCUAUACAUUUAAUAAAUCCUGAAAAUGUUGACCAAUAUAUCCCUAGUACACAAAUGUACCUUGGUAUAAAAGUAUUAAAAGAAAUUGAAAAACCUAAUAUUAAUAGUAAUAAAGCAUUGUUAAAUGACUUUUAUUGGAGGGCGCAACAAUUCUUAAAAAUUGCAUGUUUACAAAUUAAAAAAAAAUAUGAUUUUAGUAAUCCUUUAAUGUCAAAAAUUAAGUUAAUGGAUCCCAAAGUUGCUACAUCAAAGAUAAGGGAAAACAACAGUACUAUAUUUCCUCUUUUAAAAGUAUUACCUCGAUUAACUGAAUUAAAUGAUGAACUAUUACAGAAUAUUGAUGAUCAAUGGAGAUUAUUGAAUAAUUUUAAAAUUCCAACUGAUAUUUUAAAUAAUUUAGAAGAACCUGAUGUUUUUUGGUUUAAGCUGUCCAACUUGCAGAUGGUUAAUCAAGAUUAUCCAUUUGUACAUUUAGCAAAUUUUGCUCUUGGUGCAUUAUCUCUUCCUCACUCUAAUGCUGAUUGUGAGCGAAUUUUCAGCAAAGUAAAUUUAAUUAAGGUUAAAACCAGGAACCGAUUAAAUACAGAUACAAUCCAAGCAUGCUUGUUUGCCUCACAAGAAAUACAAAUUAAAAAUAAUACUUGUAUUGAUUUUAAACCUUCAAAACAAAUGAUUGAUUCAAUGACAACAAGUAAUCUGUAUGACAAACAUUGUAAUGACGAGUUUUGUUUUGAAGGAGUGUGAUGAUUAAUUAAUUUUUUUUAUUAUAUAAUUAUUAUUAUUGUGA